AUGUCUUCUGAAAAUUUAUAUAAAAAACAAUGUUUAAAAGUAAUUAAAAUUAUCAAAGAAGCUGAAUCAAGUGAUGAUGAAAUGGAUUUAGAUUUGGAAGAUGAAAUGAAUUUAGACUUAAAUAGUCAAAAUUUAUUAAAUACUGAAGUUGUUCGUAAUAAAGUUCCUAAAUCUAAUGAUUGGGUUCAAAAUUGUCUAUUUAAUUAUAAUGAACCUGAAUUUAGAAAAACACUUAGAAUGGAUAAAAAAACCUUUUGGAUUUUAGUUGAAAAAAUUCAAUAUCAUCCAAUAUUUUAUUCUGAUUCAAAUAAUCUUCAAACAAGUGUUGAAUUACAACUUGCUAUUACUUUAAAUCGAUUAGGUACAAACUCUUCACUUUGGACAAUUUCAACCUUAUUUGGAGUUUGUGAAGCAACAGUAUUAAAUUUUUUAAAUAGAAUAAUUAUUGCUAUUCAAUCUUUAAGAUCAGAAUAUAUAGUUUGGCCAAUUGAAAACUAUAGACAAGAAGUUAAUAUUGGAUUUGAACAAAUUCAAGGAUUUCCAAUGAUUAUUGGAGCUAUUGAUGGAUCACAUAUUCCUCUAUAUGAAGCACCAAGCAAAAAUAAUAAAGAUGUAUAUAUGUCACGUAAACACAAAUAUGGUAUUCAUUUACAAGGAGUUGUAGAUCAUAAAGGUUUAUUUAUUUCAUAUGAAAUUGGAUGGCCUGCAUCAGUUCAUGAUGCAAAAGUAUUUUCAAAUUCAAAUAUUUUUAAAAAUUAUAAAAAUUAUUUUAAAGAAGAAGAUUAUUUAAUAGCUGAUUCAGCUUAUCCAUUACUUCCAUGGGUUAUAACACCUUUUAAAGAUCCACAAGGUUUACAAGCUCAACGACAAAAACUUUAUAAUAUUGCACAUAGUAAAACAAGAGUUGUUAUAGAACAAGCUUUUGGUCGAUUAAAAGCUCGGUUUCCUUUUUUAAAAGAGAUGAGAAUAAAAGAUACAAAAAAAGCAACUGAUAUUAUUGAUAUAGCAUUAAUAUUACAUAAUUUUAUUGAAAAACAUAAUGAUAUCUGGGGAAAUAAUGAUUAUGAUGAUGAAAUAAUAUUAGAACCAAAUGAAGAUAAUGAAUUAAUUGAACAAACAGUAGAAGAUAAUGAACCAAAUAGAACAGUAAGAGAAUAUGCUAAAAUUAAACAACAAAAUUUAUUAGAAUUUAUUUUAAAUUAA